UGAAUCAUGCUAAAAAUACACAUAUAAUUCUCGAGUUCUUAUUCUUAAUUCAUUUCUUAACGAUCCGUUCUUCUGAAUCGGAUCAUUUGGGUGAUUUAUUGUAAAUCAAAUUGGUGCUUUCAUUGAGAGCUCGAGAAUCAUACUCAGGAAAAACCUUCCAAGAAAAUGAUGGUGCAGACACGCAGCAACGCAAAUUUAGGUACUAGAGCCCCCCACCAGGGCAAGAACAGCGCCAACGGAGGCCAGCACCCUCCUAUCAACGCAACGGAGGCGGAGGCCCUCAUCCAGAGGGUCGGAAUCACGGUGGAACAAUUCAGGGAGGUGCUGGCGGCUCUAACACCCAAUCGCGAGAUUGUGGUGGAGGACGCGACCGGAGAACCUGCAGGCGGGAAGGCUGGACCUGCGGGCUCGGGGGGAAAGAAGAAAAAGAAGGUAAGGCGGUCCCAAAAGAAGAAGGCGACCAAGCCCAACGGGAAAACAAGGGUCGAGGAUGAACUGUCCAGACUAGACGAGGAAGAUGAAUUGUCCUCCUUUGAGCGGGCGUCAGCCUUCGAUCAGUUGGGGGACCCCAAAUCAAAAAAGCCUCGAACCUCCGCGUUUGAUUGGUUGCAGUACACUCGGUCAGCUCGCAAGGGCGACAUGAGAGAGACACUCAAGGAGAGAAGAGGAGAGUCCUCCGCAACUUCCAAGAUCGGCUCGGAAGAGCAACGAAAGGCGGUCGAGGACAAGGAAGCAGUCGAGUUGUGGAGGAUAUACGAGCGAUUGGAGAAGCGGCUGGACGCCCAAAACCCAUACCGCCAGGCGGUCUUCAGCGAGGUAACGCCCUUCUCUAGAAAGAUAAUGUCUUGCCCUCUCCCGGACAAUUUUAAGACUCCACAGGUCAAAGCAUACAAUGGGACGACCGAUCCCCAGGAUCACCUUGCUCGCUUCGGGGCGAACGUGGUUAUGUGGGAGAAGGAGGCUAGGGACGUCCAAGUGGCGGAUGAUCAGGCCUUGAUCGCUAUGCUCCAAGAGGCACUCCCACAAGGUGAUGUGCGCAAGGAUCUACGACGAAAUCCGCUCUCGACCAACCAGGAGAUGCUAGCCAGGGCAAAGUAUCUGGCGUUGGAAGAUGAUGAUGACGAGCCACCUGUCCGGAAGGAGAAGAAGAGUGGACAGCCGGUGGCAGAGGGAAGAAUAAGGAAAGACUUUGAUGAAGAUUACCCACCAGUUCUUAGCCCCCAUUGGGAUGCAUUGGUGAUAAAGGUGGAGAUCAAUAAUGUGGUCGUCCACCGCACGUUGGUCGAUACUGGAAGCUCGAUCAACAUCAUGUACAACAACACCUUUAAGGAGCUGGGGUUGUCCCGGAGCGACAUGAAGCCAAUCCGUACCCCGCUGUCAGGAUUUACGGGGGACACUAUUGAAGAAGAAGGAACCAUCACGGUAAAGGCUGGGGUAGGAGAUGGCACCCACCGACUCUGGCUCGACAUGGAAUUCAUGGUAGUGCAACUUGACUGUGCACACCAUUUGAUCCUAGGGCGACCGGGUCUGGAGGACUUGGAGUGUGUAAUCUCCCCCGUCCACCUGUGUAUGAAGUUUAUCACCCCCACCGGGGUAGGAGUGGCUAGAGGGAAUCAGAGUUUGUCCCGGUCGUGCUACGUUAGGGCGACCAAGAGCCAAACACGGGUCGAUGAGAAUGUGAGCACGAUCUGUGCCGCCAUACAGAAGAAAGAGGGACGGCCCAGAGCAGAGCCGGCGGAGGAGGUAGAAGAAGUCGCUUUGGACCCAGCCAAGACGGAGCAUAAGGUGAAGAUAAGUAAGACCCUACCAGUUAGGUUGAAGGAGCAGUUGGUGGGUGUUCUUCGUUCGUUCAAAGUGCUGUUUCCCUGGGGUCUAGAGGAUAUGCCUAGGGUCGAUCCACGAAUCAUUUGCCAUAGAUUGGCAGUGGAUCCGGCCCACAGGCUGGCCCACCCGGUCCAUGUACUGUCUCAAAUUCUGAUUGGAACCCUCCUUCGGAGCCCGAACGCUCCGUCGCGUGUUAGCAAAUGGGGAGUAUACCUGGGCUCUUUUCAAAUAGAAUUUAAGCCGCGACCAGCGAUCAAGGGACAGGCCUUGGCGGAUUUUGUGGUAGAAUGCACCGCAAGAAAAGUGGAAUCCAACGAAGAAGAACCCGGGGGAAACUGGUGGACCAUAUACACCCAUGGCUCGUCCACGACCGAUGCUUCGAGGGGAGGUGUCGUGGCGAUAUCACCAGAGGGGUUCAAAGCAUACUACUCUGUAAGGUUCCGGUUUAAGGUCUCAAACAAUGAGGCUGAGUACGAGGCACUGCUCUGCGGUUUGAGGUUGGCAGCAUCAUUGAAAGCCGAGCGGAUCCAGGUUCGGUGUGAUUCCAAAUUGAUAGUGGGCCAUGUCACAGGCGAAUUUGAAGCCAAGGAUGAGCGGAUGAAGAAAUAUAGAGACACCGCUUUGGAAUUGCUUAAGGCAUUCGGGGCAUACCGGAUAGAGCAGGUCCGUCGAGAAGAAAAUGUUGAGGCGGACAUCUUAUCGAAGCUUGGUCCAGACUCUCCAGAUCAUAUCAAGGCGAUGACUCAGGAAGAAGAGUUGUUCGAGCCAAGCAUCAGUCCCGAACAAGUUUUUGUCGUUACACUCAAUGAGCCAGACUGGAUUGACGAACUCACCAUGUAUAUCCUCGACGGGUCGCUACCCACUGACCCGAUCGCUGCUAGAGUUGUUAAACGACGUGCACCUAGCUACACGCUAGAGUGCGGUCGGUUAUAUAAGCGAUCGUACAAUGGAACAUUGCUGAGGUGUUUAAGGAGAGACGACGCGCAGAAGUUAAUGGAAGAAAUCCAUGAAGGGAUAUGCUCAGCACACCAAGGAGCCUUUACGAUGUCCAGAAAGAUAACCCUGCAGGGGUAUUUCUGGCCAACAAUCAUCAGGGAUUACGCAGAAUACGUGCCUAAGUGCAAGGUCUGCCAGGAGUUUCAGAAGGUACCAGGGCGACCAGCAACAAAUUAUACCCCGAUCAGCACGUCGAUUCCUUUUGCUCGGUGGGGUAUUGAUCUAGUCGGCAUCCUGCCCAGGGGAGCAGGAAAUAAAAUGUACUUGGUGGUCGCGAUCGACUACUUUACUAAAUGGGUUGAGGCCACCCCAGUACCAACCAUCACCGAAGAGCAGAUGAGGAAAUUUGUGUCCAAACAAAUUGUAUGCCGUUUUGGGAUGCCCCAGCAGAUCAUCACUGAUAACGGAACCCAGUUCGAAGCUAAGGGGUUCAAUGAGUUUCUGCAGAGUUGGGGUAUAAAACUUAGCUACGUUGCGGUCGGAUACCCCCAGACCAAUGGGCAGGUUGAGAAUACUAACCGCACCAUUGUGGAUGGCUUGAAGAAGAGAAUAAUGGAGUGCAAAAGCGCCUAGGUGGAAGAGUUGCCUUAUAUCUUAUGGACCUACAGGACCACCCCAAGGAAAGCUAUUGGUGAAACUCUGUUUGCUCUCGCGUAUGGGUUCGAGGCGAGGGCUCCAGCUGAGACCUCGUUGCUAAGUUAUAGAGUGGAAACGUUUGACGCCAGGAGAACAAAGAGAACCUAAGGGCGGAGUUACAUCUUAUAGAUGAGCGGAGAGAAAGGGAAUAUAUCCGGAGAGAGAACUAUCGUCGGAAACUUAAGUCGUACCAUGAUCAAAGGGUGCGACCAAGGCAGUUCAGAAUGGGCGACUGAGUCCUAAGAAAAAGGGAAGUCAGUC